AUGAGAAGGUCUGAUGAGGUGAGACAGGAUGAACUCAGGGGCAGAGACGGGAUGCGUAAACAUUAGCAAGUCCCAGAUAACUUUAGAAAAAAGAAAAAGAAAAAAAACAACUCUGCAGCAAGACAGAAACCAUAAACAGAUCCACAAACAGGAAGAGAUCUGAGCGAUGUGGUGAAGAGAGACUGUGGCAUGUCUCAGACAAUGGCAGGAAAAAUUGGCAACAAGCAGUGUGAAGAAAACAAAAGAAAACUGAUCUCAAAUUCAACCUGAAGGACACUGUUUACCAGCUGGAUCAUGGGGUGGGAAGUAUUCAAGAGAGUUACCUCGAAUCUGAAAUAUCUAAUCGCAGCUAUAAGAGGGUACACUGAAGCCAGUGUGGAAAGCCAAAAUGACAAAGGUCGUGUCAGGAUGGCUCCAAAAGCAACUUUACUGCAGAAAUAAACAUUUUACAGCCUCAACAAAAAGCAUUUUGGUCUCUACGCCUAGUUUUAAAACAGCUGUAUGGGGUUUGGUUUUCUUAAAGCACCACCGUGUGAAGUUUUAAAGCGUUCUUAAGUUUAGGUCACUUUGACUGGAAGUUGUGCCAGCGGGCAGCUGUAGCUGUUAGCUGGCUGAUAGCGUCACAGCUGCACCAUGCUCCUGCUGUUAAUGCUGUACCUUGUUAUUAGUCACUAAUAUGCAGAUAUGUGUGUCUGUGAUUUGCACCUGUGCAGGCUGUAAAUGCAGCUUUCUAACCAAGCCUAGUAGCAUUGGCUGAUAACUUAAAGCUAACAUGGCAGUAGCUAACAGUAGCUAACACUAACAGUGACGCCUCCAAAAAGGGGUCCAAAUACCACCAAAUGACAUCACAGCAGAUACUUUCAUCUUUCAUAUACAGUUUGUGCAAGCAUCCAGCUGUCAGCUGCUAAAUGUGUGUGACUGUGUGUGGGCGGGGCUUAAGUGGGUGUCUGUAACCUCAGUGGAGUGAACAGCAGAGAGUUUUCAGACUACCUCCAUGUUUCUAAUGGCAUCACAGAGCCUCUUAAACUCUGACACGAGGUCAGUUUAAGAGCUUCCGUCUGGAUACGCAUCCUGUCUGAGAGGACUUCCUGUUUCAGGACGCCGCUGCUGUACUUUUCGCCCUGAGCUGAGGCUUAGAGGCUGGGUUUCCUCCCACUCAAUAAGUUCUGACACAUAAACAAACCAAAAAGGUCAGUUUCCCCAAAAUUCUCCAAACAAGAAAUUCCAAAAGGAGCAGCCAUAUGAAGGUUUUCUGGUGCUUCGGUCUGAGUGGUUUACAAACAAGAGCAGAUUCUUGUUAGAGACACAGCUGACUGAAGAGGUUUGCAGCAGGAUCAACAAGAAGAAACACCAGGCUGAACUAAUGGAAAGACUUCCUGUGAAUGACAGGUUGAGGUCAGACGCUGACAGCAGUGAUGACUGUUCGACAGACGGCUCCUCCACCAAUGACGUCUCUCGACUCCUGCCCGCUCAGCCCUCGUCGUCACCGUGGAAACAGAAAGGUGUGGACAGCUCAUCGUCAACAUCCCCUCCCCCCGUCUGCACUCCUCCAUCUUCCUCUAUGAAAUCUCCUCCUCCUCCACCUGCCUCUCGGUCGUCCACCUCUAACAGACAUCAUCAUCAUCACCACCAUCAGAGCACCAAGCAGAAGCGUUUAUCCUCCACUAAAAGCCAAGCCUCCUCCAAGACAGACGCCGCCCACAUUAAGGAGGUCGCUGGAGAUGACUGUUGCGCUCACUGUCUCCUCGCCUGUCUCUUCUGCGAGCUGCUGUCCAUGUGUUCGGCUGUGGGGGACUGUCUGGUGUGUGGAAUGGGCGGGGCCGGGUGCUGCGACGCUGCUGCUGGCGGUUGCUGCUGCUGCUGCGUGGAGGCCGCAGGGGAGGCAGCAUGCACCGAGGAGGCGUGUCAGGCAGUGUUGGAUUGUGGGAUAAUUGAAAAUUGCUGCGGCUCAUCCGACUGCUUGGAGAUCUGUUUAGAGUGCUGCUCCAUCUGCUUCCCAACGUAGAGCAGCCAAUCAGAGAAGGACUACAAAAUUAUGUCAAGGUGUGCUAAUGAUGUGGACUCCAGCACACUUUGCUGACCAGGAGGCCGAUUACAGACUGCACUUAAUAUGGCCUCAGCUGGUUUUGUCUGGUUUGAUUCUCCAAGUCUACAGGAAAAAAAGAUUAUUUUGAGUUUUGAUCAGAAUGAAAACAACAGUUUUUGGUCACUUUUGAUGCGCACAAAAACCUGCAAUCUGAAAGAAUGCAGGGUUCAGAUGAUGGAAUAAGUAUUUAUAUAAAAAUCUGAGGAACUUUAAUACAUAGAGGCAGCAACGGUUUGUCGUUUCCACCACACAAGGUUGAAAUAACUUCCUCGGGGAUCUCAAAUCUGCUUGUCUGCUUGCUGACAUUAAUACACAUCCACAUGUCCAAAUGCUCCUUUUGAGUUCUUACAAACAAAGAUGUCUUAUUUAGUUUUUAAAUCAAGGCAUUUUGAUUUAAAAACUAAACCUGGCUCCAACAGCCUGGUCUUCCAGGCGUUACAGUCAAGCACAGGAUCCAGGCACCCAUUAAAGAAAUGAUUUAGAAGCUUGAAUGGAAUUAGAAGUUACCAGUAAGAUAGCUAUCUAGAUAUUUAAAGAUGAUAUGUCAUGCUCUGGCAAUCAUAUGUUUACUAAGUCUGUCAUAAUUAGCCAUUUCCAGGUCUACACCUACUCAAAAAGAAGGUCAGAUUCUUCCAACAGCAGUAAAAGUAUCAGUGUGGUUGUUUUCACAUGUGUAAGCAAUCCCUACUAAGUAAUAUGUAGUUACCCUAUGAUCAGAUUGCUAAUAUAAACACAGUAGCAUAAGGAAUGUAUGAAAAAAGUUUAGGUUUAAGUGUCAGUAGUUAUGAAAAUGAAUAAAAAUAAUAGAAAAGUACCCUUGAUAUUGAUGUGGCAGCACGUGGGAGUGCUCAAAGGGUGGAGGAUGCCAGGAUGAAGUGCCAAAAAUGGCCUAAACAAAGAGAAUAUGAGAAUAACCAACUUAUAAAUUAAUAUAUUCGUACAUUGUUUGGUAUCAAAAACUUAUUAUCCAAAGCUCUAUGUUGAUACCAAAAUCUUAAAGGUUGGAUUUGUUUGUAGCACUCUGAAAAUAUUUUAUGUUGAAGACGUAACUGUGAGGUGCAGGGGGAAUAAAUCUUUAGACCACGUUAUGCAGCACAAUGAAAAGACACAAGUGCCUCUGAAAACACAGGAUCACCUCAGGCAUCCUACGACUCCACAGACAAUCACAGAUAAACUGACGGAAAAGUAAUCCUCAACGAGUCUGAAUAAGAGCUUAGGCCAUUUGUCUGAUACCAGGAUGUUAAAUGGGAAUAUCUGACAGCUUCUCGUGACAGUAAACUCAACAUCCGAGCAUUUUGGACUGUUGAAUGACAGCCAGGUCGCACACCUUGAUCAUUAUUUGUCCUGUGUUACAUUGUCACAGCUCCCGGGCUUGUUCAGGUAAAUGAUUUCUAAUCUUUAUCAGUAUUACAGUAGUUUUACAUUCUCUGAACUUUGUUUUCCUGCUGAGCUGUUGCACACUGCACAAAUAAAACUGAGAGUUUCUAAA